UAAAAUGAGAGCAUUCGUAAAAAAGUUCCUUCAGGCCGCAAACAUAGACUGUGGAGAGGUAAGAGUUGGUCUAAUGUCGUACAGUACGAAAGUUACGGUUGAAUUCCACCUCAACACUUAUAAUACAAAGGCAGAGUUGAUUGACGCCAUUGACAAGGUUCAAUGGAGAUUUGGAAGCACUAACACUGCUGAUGGACUUAAAACAAUGCAUGAAGAAAUGUUCUCCAAAGCCAAUGGUGAUAGGCCAGGUGUUCAAAAUAUAUGUGUUUUCAUGACUGGUGGCAUAUCAAAUAUCGAUGAUUAUAAAACAAUUCCUGAAGCAGAGAAAGCUAGAGAAAAAGGCAUACAUAUUUAUGUCAUUGGUAUUUUCCAUAAGGUUUUCAGUGAAGUUAUUGGUAUUGCUAGCCAUCCUGCUAGUUUGAAUGUUUUUGCAGUUGAUUCCUUUGAUGAACUAGAAGGUUUAGAUACGACGAUUUUUGAAUCUGAUAUUUCAGUCUUACACGGUCUAAUGUCGUACAGUACGAAAGUUACGGUUGAAUUCCACCUCAACACUUAUAAUACAAAGGCAGAGUUGAUUGACGCCAUUGACAAGGUUCCUUGGAGAUAUGGUAGCACCAACACUGCAGAUGGACUUAAAACAAUGCAUGAAGAAAUGUUCUCCAAAGCCAAUGGUGAUAGACCAGGUGUUCAAAAUAUAUGUAUUAUCAUGACUGAUGGUGUAUCCAAUAUCAAUUAUGAAAGAACAAUUCCUGAGGCAAAAAAAGCCAGACAAAAGGGCAUACACAUUUAUGCCAUUGGCAUUGCACUUAAGGAUUUGAGUGAAGUAAAUGGUAUUGCAAGCCAGCCGGCUUGUUUGAAUGCAUUUGCAGUUGAUUCCUUUGAUGACCUAGAAGAUUUAGAUAAGAAGAUCUUUAAAUCUUACUGUUCAGGUACCUAUAUUUUAUUUUACUUUUGUAUCGGAGUUUCUCUUUUUAUAAAAAUAACUUGUUGA